GACAUUCCAACAUAAAGACGUGUAUUAUAAACAGUUAAAAAAUAACGCUGCCUAAACGUGAAGUGUGAAAAGUAAAAGUAGAUUAUCAGACCAAGAUGACAGCAUACAAAUUUACAGCUCACAAACAGCUGCGCCAGUUACUCAACAAUGCAGAAGUUGUUCAGAAAAAAGAUAUUAAGGACUAUGCAGGGGGUCACUUGAACCAAUCUAAUUUGUUCAGACCCCCGACACAGUGGGGAAACCAGAAGUGGAAUAAGACCUCACCAGAACCACUCUCAACCAAGUCUAAGUCUAAGAGCACCAUUGUUGUGAGUACAAGACCCCCAACAGAGAGGGAUCACAAGAUGAAGGAUGUCUUAUAUGAUUUCAGUAUUGGUACAUCAGGUAGUUUACCAACUCAUCCAACAAAUAGACAAUUUAAAAGUCCGAGAAAGGUCUCAGAAUCUCGAACAUCUACAAGAAAAUGCCCGAGUGCUUCAUCCAACAGGUCACUUUAUACAGAUAUGGAAAAAGAUGGUGUCUAUGUAGAAGAAUUAAAGACAGAUGAAGUUAUGUUAUCAUCACCUAGGAUUACAAACUCUAAAGGCAAGAAACUACCUCCUGUGGAGGACAAUGAAUAUACAGUAAUGGAAGACCUAGCCAAAAGCCUGGCAGAGGAAGGACUUUUAACAUUCAGGCAUACAUUCUUACCCACACACCACAUGGGUGUGACCAAAAAAGACCAGUACAUCAAACUUAUGAGUUUUGAAACAGAUGUAUUAAAGAAGAAAGAAUCAAAUGAAAAGAAGGUUUUGUCUGGAGAAAAAGCAGUAAAACAUUUAGAAGAACGUCUCCAGCAGGAACUUGAUUCCAUGAAUUUCUUUGACAUGGGACCAAAUUUUCACAAAUUGCAAAUAUAUAGCAACACAUUUGAAGACUUGAUCGAAGACUCUCCCACUUUUGUGUAUAUCCUUCGAGCCGUCAAGACUGAAUAUGAUAACUACAUCUCCAAACUACUGGAUACCCAAACUCCCCAGCACAGUAAGUUAUUGAAGGAACAAGUUGAACAGAUGGCCAGUCGCGGAGCAUUACGCCAUGAUGACCUGCAGGAUGCCAAGGACAGGGUCAGCCAUCUGGAACAAAAGGCCAAAGACAAAUUGGAGGAGAAUGAACAGUUAAGGAGGUUGGUGGAAGAGGAGGAAGAAUGGCUGACUAAUAUUCCUCAACCAGACCUGCAAAGGAAGAAAUCCAGUGUGUACCGUGAAGAAGGUCCUGCAGAACUGGCUGAUGAAAUUGAGCAUGCCAAAGCUUUGAUCCUUGAGAAGCUUGAUGAUCUCAACAACCUGAGAACAAAACUUCGAGAACAGUAUGUUCCUCUCACUGUGUGUACACACCUGGAACAGUGUAUUAAGGAAACAGAGGUUGAGGUACAAAAACUGCUGAAGCAGAAUGAGUACUUCGAGAGAAGUAUUGAGGAAAUGGAGGUAGAUCUGAAGGAGGCUAUACAACAAGCUGACACCAGUGAGAGGGACGCCAAGCGGAUCUGGAGAAAAGUGAACUCCAGACGUGGGCUACCUCAUAUUCCAAACCUGAUGAACGGAGGACCACAUGAAAGUGAUGAUGAUGAAGAUGAUGAAAGUAAAUGGAACUGGUACAUCUCCUAAGCAUUAACAAAGAAUCCUCUGGUGAUCAGGACUGUGUGUAAUUAAACAGGAGUAGCUGCAACGGGCUGUUGUACUACAAAGUAUAUUGUAAUUGACAAUGUUAACUAAACAUCAACUGUCUACAGUAUUACUGUACUAAAACCAUGCUGACAAAAUGUGUGUGUGAAAAAAAUAUUAAUGUGAAUAUCAGAUGAAUUUAUCUUAUUGAAAAAUAUUACAAACUCCUCUUUUCACUUUGUGAUUUUACUAUUUUGUGUAACUAGAUAUGGAUUUUCUGAUAUCAAAUCCAUAAGAAGCAAAUGUUGAGUGUUGAAAUCAGGAAUGAAAAGGAAAGUUUUUAAAGUGUUAACAUGUCAGACUCUAAUAAUUCCUGAAAAAGAUAUCUCCCUAAUGGACUAUUCAGUUCUGUAAUGAUAAAUAAAUACCCAUUUGUAGUAUGUGUGUAAGUUUAUCACACUAAAUGUACAGUUGUGGGAUCGUUUUGUUGCUGGAGACACACCACUCUCCACUCUCUGAGGUGUGAAACUUUAUCAUAGACUUAUUAAUGCCAGGUCCAGUGUUAUUUUGAAAAAUGUUGAAUUAAAAAUAACUUUUGCAUUCACAAAUUUAUUUUGAUAUGCCUAUGGCUAUUUAGUCAUAAGUACAUGAGUUUUCCAUCUAAUUUUCGAUUGGUAAUGUUAGCCAUCCAUUUUUGCAAAUGGCACAAAAUAUGCGAUCCUAUUGCACAAUUGUACACUAUAUACUGAAUAGUGCAUGUGCUUGUGUGAUGUAUGCAUGAUGUAAGCAUGAUGUGCGCACAAAGUUUUAGGUGCAUUGUGUGGUACCACAAUUGUACAUGUAGCUCUGCUAAGACCGGUAUGCUUUCUUGGGUGAAUAAUGAAUUUUCAAAGUAAACUUUACAUAUACAUAUGUAUCAGCAUUACUGAUAGAUUUAUGAUGUUGGAAUAUAAUAAUUAUCAAUAGAUGUAUGUAGUAAUGAGAAAAAGUCAUUAUGUACAAUGUAUAACAGAUACUCCUUGUCAAAAGUUUGACAAAGUUUGCAGCUUUCCUCACUGUUGUACAGUCUAAUGCUUUUGGACAUGCUGUGCACAAUGUAUGUAUCUUGUUAUUGUGUUCAUAUCUGAAGCCAGGAAAAGAGCUACAUAAGGUGCUAGUCUACAUAGUGAAAGAAAUAUGUACAAACUGUAGGGGUCAAAGAAUUGAAUGGGACUGGAGAGUAGCUUUUUUUUUAGUAAUGUGAAGUUUCAGUGUUUGUGAUGAGGUUUAACACCACAUAUAAUUACAUACCAUUUAUCAGCAUGAUAAUUGAGACAUUAUAGGGGCUUGGCUGAUGCUGUAUAUUCCCAUUGCAUUCUGUGUGAUUCAGUCAUUGAUUCUGUUUUACCAGGUAUGUAGACUGUACAUACACAUUCCCCAAAUAUUACUAGUAUUAUUAAAUGUGUAGUACUGCUAAAACU